AUGGGUAGGCUGCGGUGCUCUUCUUUCUUAAUUUCAUUGCUAUUCCAACUAGUCAGAUUAUGCAUUUCUGGGCGUGAGCAAGUAGCAACACCCCCACUGCCAAUUCUCCCACUCCCAACAUAUUCCCAGUUGAAAUGGCAACAGAGGGAGAUCAUAAUGUUCCUCCAUUUUGGUGUUAACACAUUCACUGACAAAGAAUGGGGCAAUGGCCGUGAAAACCCAGCAAUAUUCAAUCCCACAGGGCUCAACACCACCCAGUGGGCCACUGUGGCAGCAGAUGCAGGAAUUUCAUUGAUGAUAUUAACUGCAAAACACCAUGAUGGGUUUUGCCUCUGGCCUUCUAAGUACACUAAACAUUCUGUCAUUGGGAGCCCCUGGAAAGGUGGUAAAGGUGAUGUUGUUCAAGAGUUUGUGAAUGCAGCUACUGAUAAAGGCAUAGAUGUAGGGAUCUAUCUUUCACCAUGGGAUAGACAUGAGCCUAGAUAUGGCCAUGAUUUGCUUUACAAUGAAUACUACUUGGCUCAACUUCAAGAGCUGCUCAAUAAAUAUCAAAAUGUUAGAGAAAUUUGGUUUGAUGGAGCAAAGGAUCCCAAGACAAAAAAUGUGUCCUACUACUUUUCAGAUUGGUUUUCUAUGGUGAAGGAGUUGCAGAGUUCCAUCAACAUCUUCUCUGAUGCUGGUCCAGAUGUUAGAUGGGUGGGAGAUGAAAAAGGAUAUGCAGCGGACACAUGUUGGUCUACCAUUAAUCGAACCUCUCUAUCAAUUGGAAAUUCAACUAUCAAGGAGUAUCUGAACACUGGUGAUCGGAGAGGGACAGAUUGGCUACCAGCAGAAUGUGAUGUUUCAAUUCGAAAGGGUUGGUUUUGGCAUAAGUCAGAAUCGCCAAAAAAGCUAAGUGAGCUACUUGAUAUUUAUUACAAUUCCGUAGGGAGAAAUUGUGUGUUACUUCUCAAUGUACCUCCUAAUACAAUUGGCCUUAUAUCUGAUACUGAUGCUCAUGUAUUGAAAGAAUUAAGAAGUGCAGUUAACACAAUUUUUCAUCAGAAUCUGGCUGAAGGUUGUUAUGUUAAAGUUAGUAGCCAAAGAGGGGGAAAUGGGGGAGGUUUUGGACCAGAAAACAUGCUAGAUAGUGACCACUUGUGGUCAUACUGGGCCCCAAGGGAAGAUGCUGAUGAAAAGGACCAUUGGAUUGAAAUUUGGAGCAAGGAUGGGAGUACUUUAAGAUUCAAUGUGAUUAGAAUACAAGAAGCAAUUGGACUUGGUCAAAGGAUCGAACAACAUGAAAUCUAUGUUGAUGGUAAACUGAUCAUCCAAGGGACAACAGUGGGUUACAAGCGACUUCACAGGCUUGAUGGGGAUGUGGUCCAUGCCCAUGUUGUGAGGAUUAGAAUCACUAAGGCAAAAGUAGUGCCUCUUAUUUCUUCUGUUGGUCUCCAUUUUGAUCCUUUCUGGCACUCAAGGUUUACUGUGACCUGAAGUGUGCUACAUUUGAGAAAUGGAGCAUAAUUGU